CAGGAGAUCAGGGGGCCCUUCCUGAUUAUUAGGGGUCUGGCCCCGGUCUUACAUUAAUGUCAAUGCCUGCUGUUAAUAAACUUCUUAUUACAUGUAUAUUGGUUUUCUGGACGUAUUUUGCCAUGGAACCCCAGGUCAGAACACGGGAACUGACUGACUGGUCACUCUGUCUACAUAAUGGCCGAAAUGAAAUAAAUAUAAUUUUGAUUUGAUUGAUUCUUAUUUAACAUUAUUGUUUCCAGGGUUAUAAAUGUGACCAUGGAUGGAAAAAAAUACAGCGUCUCGGUACCAGAGGCAUUUGUAGCCAGGUUGAACUCAACAGAUCAAGAAGUGAAAAGGGAUGCUCAGCAAGAGCUUGUUCUGCUUAUGAGAAAUGCUGAUGCAAUUUCUGAUACAAAUCAAAACAGUUUGGAUAACAGCAAGGAAAUCGAAGAAAGCAGUGAAACAGAUCCUCCAUUGGCCAAGUCAUGGCGAGAAGAUGAAGCUAGGGCCCUGCUUCUCCAUCGCAUUAGCAUGGAUGGAGAAUUUAGGUCCAUGAAAACACACAAAAGCUUGUGGAAGCAGAUUUCCACAAUGCUUAAAGAACAAAAUAUUACUGCGACUCCAGAUCAAUGUGACAACAAGUUUAAGGCUAUGAAAAAAGACUACAAGUCUGCCAAAGACCACAACAAUAAGAGUGGUAAUGGAACGAAGACUUGCCGUUUUUUUUUAGGAGUUUGAUCAGCUGUACGGCUGUAGAGCAGGAACUACCCCAGAGGCUACAUUGUGUAGUCUUUCUGUCGAUGACACCUCUACAAGUACACCACAGAGGAAAAAGACGAGGAAAAGGCCAGCAGCAUCCUCAACAAGUGUCUUGGAGCAAAUUGAAAAAAGGCAAGAGGAAAGAAUGAAAGUAUUAAAGUCGAUGCAUGACGAUAAAGUCAAACUUUUGGAGAGAUUUUUGAAAGUACUUGAAAAGCCAGAUUUAUCAUAGAUUGUUCAAUUGGACCCAAGUGAUGGUGGGUUAUUCAAAUCGCCUGUCGUCCGUGGUCCAUCCAUCCCUAAAAUGAUGUUAACAAAAUUCCAAGGUCAAGGUCAUUGGGUUCACAGGUCAAUUAAACAAGGCAUCAUGUUAAUAAAGUUAAAGAUCACUGGAUCACAAGGGUCAGGGUCAUUUUAGUUCAAAGGUCAAGAAAAAAGUGGAUUCCUUCAUUAUGACCUUAACUCGUAGUGGGAGAGGUAUUUUAAGUCAAUAAAUAGAACAAAUUAAAGCAAAAGAAACA